GGCGCGGUAGUACGCGCGCUCUACUCCCACUAGUCGCGCGCCAUGCGCGCACGCAGCCUUUGCGCCACUGACAACAACUAAAAAACUACCCAGUACUACCACCAGCAACACUAGUGCCAAACUUUUCAAUUCUAGGAUUACAGUGAACAUUUAUAAUGUGGAUUGUGCUCUUAUAAGCGCGGACAGGUGACACAUCUCGUAACGGGUAAUAACUUUUCGCUCACAGUGUCUAUUAACUGUUUUAUGGCCUGUAUAGUGCGUCCAUUGUUGUGUGCGCUUCCACUAAUCUUCUAUUCACCUGUCUCGACGCCACUGUGGUUGGACUGUGAAAUGUGACAAAAAAUUGCAAUGAAUCUCCAUAAGUUGCAGACCCCUGGUUUGUAAACUUUGCGGAACUACCUGAGUGGAGGGUUGGACACAUCUGACAAUCGAUCAGGCAACCCGUCGCCUUAUGUUAUUCAACCCGUGAUGUCGGAGAACAGUGGAACUGUAGUUUCCCGGGCGUCCACUCCACGCCCAACGCCUGACACUUCUGUCAAUGCGCCACUGAGAUCCAGACAUGAUCAAUUCCUCGCAAGCAAUCCCGAAAGGGCUCACACGCGGCCUUCUUCAAAUGGCAGGAAUCCAAGUGGCAAUUUUGAUUCACCACCUAUAUCUUACCAUAGACAGAUGACAACUGGUGCCUUACUUACUUCAUCCCAUCGCGAAUCUUCAGCUUUUGUUCCUGUAGUACCAACAAGAGCCAUGCAUCCUGUUAUGUAUCCCAACGAAAUGCACCCUGCGUUAAUACCAUCUGAAAUGAUAGAAAGAGAUAGAAUGCUAGAUAGAGAAAGAACAGAGCCCGCUAAAGGAUCUCCAGAUAGAGCAGCAGGAAACUUUUCUAAAAGAAAUUCUUUUGAUUUGAUGGCUAUGAUGGUUGAAAAAAGGAAAGAAGUAGCGUUACGAGAAGCUGCUGCUGCAAUGCUACUUCCUCAUCACAGAACAGGAUCAAUUGAAGGAAUUAUGUCUGAUGGAACUUCGCAACCACCAAUUUAUGGCCCACCCGGAGCUUUCUUGGGUGCACCUGGACCUUCACCAACAACUGCUGGUAGUUUCACUUUUCCUGGAGCUGGACUGUUUCCACCCGGCGCUGGACCCCACCAGAUGCAUCCUCAUUUAGAUAGGAGAUUACUGCGCGCGCCUGGUAGGGCGUCCAGACCUAAGAAGCAAUUUAUUUGUAAAUUCUGCAAUCGACAAUUUACAAAGUCAUACAACUUGCUAAUUCACGAAAGAACGCAUACAGAUGAGCGGCCCUAUUCCUGUGAUAUUUGCGGGAAGGCGUUCCGAAGACAAGACCACUUGCGAGAUCACAGGUAAGACAUUAAGCAUUCAUAUUUCUAUAUUCCGUA